AUGGCUAGUCCUUUCUCUCACAUUGACCAUCAGAAUGAUGAAGCCUUAGUGUCAAUCUGCGAUCGAAGCUGCUUAGAUGUGCCAGGAAAACUAGAGCCAAACCCUGAUGUUGGCGGAGUGGGGGUGAUGAUUGGGUUUCUUGGGACAGCGUGGCUAGUGGUGUUCCUGAUAUGCAUACGAUACUGCUUCACCUUUGACCCUCAUAUUGAUCCCUUCGAAGAUCGACAACGAAACCACAUGCAAAAGGAAGGUCGGAAGCAUGUCUGGAGACCCAAUAUUGUUGACGUCCAGGCUACCAACAUGUUUUCACACAUUCGCCGACGACUUGGUCAACACACCGGUUGGAACUUAGCCAUGACCAAGGUAAGUGUUCUUCUUUGUUCUGUCUACUUACCUUAA